UAGGAAAAACCUUGUCUACUGUGGAUACAGCCCUUGUUCUCAGCUUCCUUCCUUCUUUUCUCCCUGGGUGUUAAGAGCUUCUGUAGCCUAACUGAAGGUGGCAUCUUCAGAGAGUUAAAAGAAAGAGUCUGAAGAAUUAACUGUGUGAGAUAACCUUCACCAUCAAGUUGUGCAUCUUAUCAGUAGCAUCAAGAGUGACUCAGUUCAGACCUGCAGUUUUUAUUCCUAAAAGCUGAUCGGCUAAAGGAAAAUCUUGUUAUGUGAAGUUUCAAAGGAACUAGUCACUAACUACUGUUGGAUAGGAGGUGGUUGUGGAACACUCAGACUGAGAGAUUUUAAUGGCUUUCAGGUAGAAUCCAAGUGGAGACAAUCAAAAUGAAUUCUAUGGACAGGCACAUACAGCAGACCAACGAUCGGCUGCAGUGCAUAAAGCAGCACUUACAGAAUCCUGCCAACUUUCACAAUGCUGCUACAGAACUCCUGGAUUGGUGUGGGGAUCCAAGAGCAUUUCAGAGGCCCUUUGAACAGAGUCUGAUGGGCUGUUUGACGGUUGUUAGCAGAGUGGCAGCACAGCAAGGCUUUGACCUGGAUCUUGGAUAUAGGCUGCUGGCGGUUUGUGCAGCCAACAGGGACAAGUUCACACCAAAAUCUGCUGCACUCCUCUCAUCGUGGUGUGAAGAGCUGGGACGGUUGUUGCUGCUGCGCCACCAGAAAAGCCGCCAAAACGACCCUCCAGGGAAACUACCCAUGCAGCCACCCAUGAACUCGAUGAGCUCAAUGAAACCCUCCCUUUCACACAGGUGCAUAUGUGACGGCUGCCAUCUUGACAGACCCCAGAGAUUGAAACGGGGACCUCCAGAACUGAAAGCUGAUGGGUCGUUUGCUUAUGAUUCUGUUCCUUGGCAGCAAAACACCAAUCAACCCCCAGGCUCCUUAUCUGUGGUCACUACAGUAUGGGGUGUGACUAAUACAUCCCAGAGCCAGGUCUUGGGAAAUCCCAUGGCAAAUGCUAACAAUCCUAUGAAUCCAGCAGGAAAUCCUAUGGCUUCUGGGAUGACAACCAGUAAUCCUGGCAUGAAUUCGCCUCAGUUUGCUGGGCAGCAGCAGCAAUUUUCAGCCAAGGCAGGCUCCAAUCAGCCAUACAUGCAGCAAGGGAUGUACGGACGGCCCAACUAUCCAGGGAGCGGAGGCUUUGGGGGAAGCUACCCAGGAGGCCCCAAUAACCCUUCAGGGAUGGGGAUCCCACCCCACACCAGGCCGCCUGCUGAUUUCACCCAACCAGCCGCCGCCGCUGCUGCUGCCGCAGUUGCAGCCGCUGCUGCUACAGCCACAGCUACUGCCACAGCCACCGUUGCAGCCCUCCAGGAAACACAGAACAAAGAAAUGAAUCAGUAUGGACCGGUUUGUUCCUCUUUCCAGAUGGGUCCAACUCAGGCUUACAACAGCCAAUUCAUGAACCAGCCUGGUCCUCGUGGCCCUGCUUCCAUGCCGGGCAGCAUGAAUCCUGCAACAAUGGGAGCAGGCAUGACGCCCUCCAAUAUGACCGGGCCACCUAUGGGCAUGAACCAGCCCAGGCCACCUGGAAUGAGUCCCUUCAACCAUGGCCAAAGGAUGCCGCAGCAAGCCUACCCUGGCCCACGCCCCCAGUCUUUGCCUAUGCAAGGCAUGAAGAGACCAUAUCCAGGAGAGCCAAAUUAUGGAAACCAGCAGUAUGGACCAAAUAGCCAGUUUCCAUCCCAGCCUGGUCAGUAUCCAGCUCCCAACCCUCCAAGACCCCUUACGUCUCCCAACUACCCUGGACAAAGAAUGCCAAACCAGCAAACCACAGGACAAUAUCCUCCUCCAACAGUCAACAUGGGGCAAUAUUACAAGCCAUCAAGGCCUGUUCCUGUAGCAAAUUACCCUCACUCACCUGUUCCAGGAAAUCCCACACCACCUAUGACACCAGGGAGCAAUAUUCCUCCAUACCUGUCCCCUAAUCAAGAUGUCAAACCGCCAUUCCCGCCUGACAUUAAGCCAAAUAUCAAUGCAUUACCACCACCUCCAACCAACCAUAAUGAUGAACUGCGGCUGACGUUCCCUGUGAGAGAUGGAGUUGUAUUAGAACCUUUCCGGCUGGAGCACAACUUGGCAGUCAGCAACCACGUCUUUCACCUACGGCCCACCGUCCAUCAGACACUAAUGUGGAGGUCAGACUUGGAGCUCCAGUUCAAGUGCUAUCAUCACGAAGAUAGACAGAUGAACACCAAUUGGCCAGCAUCAGUUCAGGUCAGCGUCAACGCAACUCCGCUUACCAUCGAACGUGGCGACAACAAGACAUCACAUAAACCCCUGCACCUAAAGCACGUCUGCCAGCCAGGAAGAAACACAAUUCAGAUUACCGUCACGGCAUGCUGUUGUUCACAUUUGUUCGUAUUGCAGUUAGUACACCGGCCAUCAGUGCGUUCAGUACUUCAGGGCUUACUAAAGAAACGUCUCCUUCCAGCUGAACACUGUAUCACUAAAAUCAAGAGGAAUUUUAGCAGCGUGGCAGCAUCCUCUGGCAACGCAACUCUCAAUGGUGAGGAUGGAGUGGAGCAGACAGCUAUCAAAGUGUCUCUGAAGUGUCCAAUCACAUUCCGUCGGAUCCAGCUUCCCGCAAGAGGCCAUGAUUGCAAACAUGUACAGUGUUUUGAUCUGGAAUCCUACUUGCAGCUGAACUGUGAACGUGGGACGUGGAGGUGUCCUGUAUGCAAUAAAACAGCUUUGCUGGAAGGCCUGGAGGUUGACCAGUAUAUGUGGGGCAUUCUGAACGCAAUACAGAACUCUGAGUUUGAAGAAGUCACAAUCGACCCAACGUGCAGCUGGAGGCCUGUCCCAAUCAAAUCAGACAUUCACAUCAAAGAUGAUCCUGACGGCAUUCCUUCCAAGAGGUUUAAAACGAUGAGUCCUAGCCAGAUGAUCAUGCCGAAUGUGAUGGAGAUGAUUGCAGCUUUGGGUCCAGGCCCAUCACCAUAUCCAUCAAUCCCACCUCCACCUGGCGGUACAAGUUCCAAUGAAUACAGUAACCAAGGUAGCAAUUACCAAGGUCACAGCAAUUUCGAUUUCCCUCAUGGGAAUCCUGGUGGAACGUCUAUGAAUGACUUCAUGCAUGCGCCCCAGCUCUCACACCCUCCAGACAUGCCCAGUGGCAUGGCAGCUCUUGACAAACCCCUAAGUCAUCCCAUGCAAGACUCUAUCCCUCAUCCCGGCAGCACUGAUCAGUCCCAUAGUUCCAUGCAGCAAGGUUUGCACGUACCUCAUCCCAGCAGCCAGUCAGGGCAGCCAUUACAUCACAGCGGUCCUCCUACCCAGCAGUCCCGGCAGCCACCACAGGCCGCUUCUAGCAACCAUCCACACAGUGACCUGGCCUUUAACCCUUCCUCAGCCUUAGAAGGUCAGGCUGGUGGCCAGGGAGCAUCUGACAUGCCGGAGCCUUCGCUGGAUCUGCUUCCAGAACUCACAAAUCCAGAUGAGUUACUUUCAUACCUGGAUCCUCCUGACUUACCAAGCAAUAGCAAUGACGACCUUCUUUCUCUUUUUGAGAACAACUGAAGCCUUCAGCGUUUCGUUCCCCGCACCUCUCACUUGUUUGACACAUUUGUAGCUUCACAGUGAGGAAUCCCAAACCAACCUUUUUCACGAGGACAAACUCACAACUUGAGCGAAUGGUGCACACUCCCGACUUUCUUCAUCUCGGAACUGCUUGAGUCAAGCUUCAUUCAUUGUGGUGGAGAAAAGCAAGAGGACAAUAAGAUGGUGACCUCACAGACUGCCGCUCUGUAGUCGCAGGCCAUUUGUGCAGCAGGGGAAGACCUCACUUGUAAUUUUGCAGAGAGACAGAGAACAGGUUUUUGAUGUGCAUAGUGAGAUGUAUCCCAAUAGAAACCUGUCACUCAACAAAGGAAGAAAGAAAGAAAAGGCAGCAGAACUACUCUAAAUGACCAGUUUCAGAAUGUCCUUCCAACUCGUGUUCUUCCAUGGGUUUUCCCCCCUUUUGCUGUAGCGUCUGUUCCACUGUGUUCCUUCCCAAGUUGUGCAGGCCUUUGUACGUUUUUGUCAGACAGAACAUGGACAAAACUUGGCAGCACAUGCAGACUAGCCAAACAAACUCAGAACCAUAACACGCAUACCAAAAAGCACAAAAAAUAAAGUUGUCAUACGUUGGGGAAAACAAAUACAAAAUGCAUCAAAAGGAGGCAUCUGUUUGACAAUGAAUUCUCCAUGGUAGAAGAGUCCUGCAGAUAUCCUGGCUGUGGCAAGCGUGGUUUUUCCCCCCCUAAUGUGUUGUUUUUAUUAUUAUUAAUCUUGUGGGCAUAAUAACUCCUUCCUCUAACACAGACACUUGGAUAUCUUGUUUUCUUUUGUCCUGUUCUUUCCCUUGUUUUUCUUUUCUUAGAGGGACUUGAUUUCAAAUUACCAACUUUUAAUAAUAUAGUAGCCAGACAUUUUUUUUAAAAAAAUGGGGGAGGGAUAUUUGCGUAUGAAGUAGAGGAAGGAGACAAGCUAUUAAAUGUUUUAAUCCAAAAGCUUUCAGUUUUUGUAAUUUAUGAAGAGUAAACCAUUGCUCAGUUCCCAGCAGAAAAAAAAUGUGGCAAAGGUGUGAAAUAAUACCUCUCACUUUGAGAUGAAGGAAUGGGAAGAGAGGAAACUGCUCACUCUUGCUUUCAAUAGUUGACUUGAAAGAGGCAACUGCAGUGCUAGGGACACCUUACAUCCCUUCAUGUUUUGUUUGUUUGUUUGUUUCCAGAUUGUGGUAUGUGCUCAGUGUUUUCUUUUUCAGAUUUGUAUCAUCUUGCUGCCAGGCCCUUCACCUUUCUUUUUAAGACUAUAUUUCCAAGUAUAAUGGGCGCGGGAAGAAUAAGUCAGUUUGGUACAGUAGCGUUGCAAGAUUCUUGUGCCACAAUGCUUCCGUUGUAUUUGUGCUUCUCAUGUGGUUGCUUCCCUCCUGCAUGAGCUUCCAGUUGCUUCUGGGCCCAUUUCUGUGCUCUCCGUCGGUCUCUCUUUAUAAAUUAUGUAUAGUACCUGUGUGUUAAGACGUGCAUGUGUGCCAACUCUGCCCUUGUGGGCCAACAUUUCAUAGUCUGCCUACUGUGUACAGAUAUUGCUUAUUUUGUGAAUAGAGAAACCUUGAUUGCUUCCUUCCUCGUACAGAAUCAAAUCAAAUAUCUCCGUAUUUGAUUUCAGCAGUAGGCCUUCAGCUUUGUCCCAAAUGAACUUUUUUGCUUGUUGGUUUCAGUGUGUAAACUUUGCCCACCUUGCCCUCUGUGAAUGGCAUGGCGUGUGCGUUCCAUUCUGAAUUUCCUCUCUUCACCAAAGUCAUGCUUGUAAAUUCUUGGAAUAUUUGUCCUAAGCAUCUUCCACCACUGCUGUAUAUGCAUCUUGAGAUGUAUAUAUGUAUGUGUGUGUAUACCGACACACACACAUACACAUAUAUAUGCUAGUCCACAGCACCUUGCUGUAGAUAUUACGGGAAAUGGCAGUUUUAGGUCCUCUGUUACUUUCCAGUAGGAGUGUUGAAUUUGUAAAACAUUUUAUGUAGAGAUAUUCUUACAUUUACAUUUCCCCCCCCCAAAAAAAACCCUUUUUAUUGCUGUUCUUUUUCUUAUUUCAAAAAAAAAGUGCUGUUCAUUAUGCAAAAUCAAUUAUUUUAAGAAUUAUUAUUGUAAAUAUCUUUUGUGAAUAUUUUAGAAUUAUCUUUCAUUACUAUAAUCAGCGUUUUCAUCAUCUGGUUAUACAUGUGUUUUUAAAAUACAUAGUCAAGGAACAGAAGUGGGUCUUUUUUCUCUUGCCCCCCCCCUUUUUUUUUCCUUUUCCUUUUUCUGUUUCAUAAAGAUUUCUUGGUCUAAUGGAGCAUUUCCUUUUGAUAAAUUUGCCCCAUCACAAACAAGUUUAAUACAUCUGCUGCCAUGCCCUAGGAACGGCAAUUCCAUCUAUCCUUUUGAUCUGUAGAAUAAAGACACCACUUUUAAAGAUCUUUCUUAGGUCUCUUUGAAAAUGAUGCUGUCCUAUUAUUCAGCAGAGAGAGGAAAGCAUGCAAAAGAUCUCUGCUAUUGGAAUCCUGGGUUACUAUGUGGUGCCAGAAUUGGGAUGGGAUACCACCAUGACACUGAAAAGCUUCCUCCCCUAAGAAAUGCAGUGGCAGAUUGUUGAUUUUGGUGUUGUUGUUUUGCAGUUUUUUGUGUGUGCUACAAUAGCUUUCCCCUGUGUUUUUCUGCAUCUGUUACAUAACUAUUAAAAUCAUUUGUAUGGGCAGCUAAAAAUAAGCACACUUUGUGUCGCCCCACUGCUCUUCGUUUUUAAAUGCAGCCAUGACACCAACUGCCCACUAAACCAAACACAGCACAUGAGUCUUGCCCCACUUGGGGCUCAUUGAAGUUCCUGGUUUUGACAUCUGCCAAAAGGGGAAAUUUCAGUCACCUGGGAGGCUGCAAUAAAUGGCUGGUGACUUGAUGGCCUAUACAUUGUUUUGGGCCUGAGUUAAGCCAUAUACUUUGUUUUUGUCUGUUCAGAUUGUAUUGAUUUUUUUGGAUUGCUCAUCCAUUACUGAAUAAGAGCCUAACUGAGCUAAAUGCUUGAACAGGGGAAUUCUCACUCCUUCUGUUUCACUGAAAACAGAAUGAUUAGAAGCAGAUAUAUUAAUGAUUACUUAUUGCUAAUGGCAAUCUAAAUGCAUCAUUAUAAGUAGCUGUUCAGAAGAUAUAAGAGGAAUGAAAUUCUGAGGCUAGGAAUGUGUUUUAUAUCAGGUUUUCCCCUGUUUAGAGAGGCAUUUCUUGUAGCAGCAACAAAUCAAUAUGCAUGUCUGACAGCUAUAGAUCUUCUGUAUACUGUCUGCAGAAAGAGGGUACAGGUUGACCAAAAUACAAGGGCUAUCUUAGCUGGGCUUGUGAACAGACGAAAGUAGCUGCUAAGAUCCUGCCAUGCACUUGCAUCACAUUUUAUUAAAGGGCAAAUUUAGCAUAUGGGCAUCUUUUGUAAAGCCAGCCCAGAAUCCUCCCUAUACACAAAACAUGCAACGAUUAUUCAUCAGCAUAUUAUAAAAUUACCAGGAUUGUCUUAGAAUAGGGGGGAAAGUUGAUUUUUAAUCUGUGCACUGCCAAAACCUAUGAAAUAAUGUGCAGCACAAUCCUAUGCAUGACUACUAAAAGGAAGUCCUGUUAAAUUCAGUGGGGCUUUCUCCCAGGUAACUGUAUGGGAUUGCAGCCUUAAGGAAUUAACUUUGUGUCUGGGGAGGAGGGGGGGAAUUGCAUCCCCACAGUAUUUUUAUUCAUUAUUAUUUCCUGUUUCAGGGGCAUUUGGGUUGUUGUUUUUGUUGUUUUAGCAGUUUCCCUAUAGAUACCCACCUGGAAAAGCACCCACAGAGAUUUAUAGUUCUACUGCCAAGACAUUACUAUUAUUGUUAUUAUAGGAUGAUGAAAACACACUAAUGUCUGCAGUGGAGACUCCAGGGACAUCUGUACAUAUGUAAAUGGAAAAUAGAGACACGUUCACAGAAAUGCAUUCAUUUUCCUUGGAAUGUGCAUUGUUUUUAUUUCGCAGGGGGGAAAUAAAGCUUGGAGAUCCAUCCUAUGUGGGAAAUGAAUCCUGUUUGUUAGGCGUUUGUGCAGUCUCCACAUUUGUUUCACUUCUUGUAAUAUACUCUGGAUCCUUUGUGAAAAUAAUUUCUGUUGCUUUUUUUGUUUUGUUUUGUUUUACCUUCAUGUAAUAAUUAGCUUAAGUGUAUUAGUCUUAUCACCUGUGUAUUUUUAGGGUGCUAAAAUAAUGAAGAAAAUAAGGGGGUUAAAUAAUAAAAAAAAAAGAUUGUAACCAAAUUCAUACUUUGUACAAUUUUUUGAUAUUGUGAUCAGAGAAGAAUAAAAAAAGUACAAUCUGAAUUAACAUGCAAAAAUGGCCAUUGUCUUUGUUUGUACAUUGUAUGUACAGUACAAUGCAAUCAUUUCAUACUUUAAAACUGGUCAGAAAAAUAAUUGUGAUUUUUAGUCUUGCAAAACUGUAUGUAGUUAGAUGAUGUGACAACCUAAUAUUUAUCUAAUAAAUAUGUAUUCAAAUGAAACCUG